AUGAGUAAAAAACCAAAUGAUAAAGUUAUUGAAAAUUUUUGUGUUUAUGACCAUUCGAAUAAAUCGUUUUCAUAUCUUAAAGUAAAAAAAAGAGAAAUAAAAAAAGAAAAAUAUGAAAACGAAUAUGAGAAAUUAGUUAAUAGGAAAUGUAUGUAUAAUUACGAAUGGAUAAAAAAUUUAUCAUAUAAGGAAUGCAUAGAUUAUAUUAUACAAAAUAGUUUCAAGAAUUUAAAAAAAAAAAUAUAUGUAAAAAAAUAUGGUAAAAUAUAUGUAGAUAAAUAUAAAAAGAAUAUAUCUUCAUUAUGUUCUACUAAACAAAAUGAAGAAUGUUGUUUUAUUAAUAAUAAGAAAUUUUUAAAAGAAGCAAAGAAUAUAAAGAAUGCUGUUCAUUGUAUAAAUAAAAAUAAAGGUAAGUACAAGCCACAAUUAUUUGUAGACAAAAUAUGUAAAAUAAAGAACCGUUACGAGGAUAUAAUAUAUAAACAUGAGGAUAUGAUAAGAGAAGAAAAAUUCAAUGAUCAUGAUGGGUAUGAAAAAAAAAAAGUUAUCACUUAUGAUGAUAAUAAUAAUAUGAAUAAUAUGAUGAAUAUGAUAAAAAUGAAGGAUAUCUUUGAAGAGGCUUAUAGUCAUCCCUUUGAUAUUUUGUUUAGAAAAAAAUAUUACGAAAAAAUUUGUAGACUAUGGUUAAAAAAUUUUGUAAAAAAAAAUGGAAAGGUACAUAAAAAGCUAGCCAAAAAAUUAAUCAAAUGUCUAAUAAUAAAAAAUUUUAUAAUAUUUGAUGUAGAAUUAUGGAAUAUUUUUUUGAAAAAAAAUAUAAUGAAUCAUUUUAAUACGAAUUUAUAUUUCCUUACUGGAAAAAUAGGUAAUAUGAAAACGGUUUUUUUAAAUGAUUUAUUUUUGACUUUCCCCUUUUUUUAUAAAAAUGAUCAUAUGUUUAUGAUAGAUAUAAGUGAUUAUGAGAACUAUACAAUUGUUUGUGAUUAUAGAUAUUUAAUGGAUCCCAUGUAUUUAAAUACAAAUAAAAAUUAUAAUAUAAAAAAAAAAAAAAAUUUAUCUUCAUUUAAAAUGUGUAAUACUCUUGAUGAUAUAAAAAACAAAGAGAAAUAUUCUAAAUUAAUAAACCUACAAAUAUAUAAUGACUUAUUUGAAAAUAACAAACAUUUGUAUGAAGAAAGAAAUUAUAAUAAUGUAGAUAUUGCAAAUAUGAAACAUGAUAAUAUUAUGUCUAUUGAUGAUAGUUUACAAAGUGAUAGUAGUUAUGAACUUAUAAAUUUUAAAACAAAUCAAUUUAAAAAACAAAUUAUUUCAGAUGAUCAAAAAUAUAAUGAUAAUUAUAAAAAAAAAUUAUAUGUACAAAAAGUUUUGUAUCCAUAUUAUUAUGAAUUAAUAUUAAAAGAAAAACUUAUUACAGAUAUAAAUAUUAUAACAUCUUAUGACCCUUUAAAUUUUAAUCUUGAAUAUAUUUUGAUACAUUUUACUCGUCAAGCAAUGAUUAAACAAUAUGUAUGGAAAAGAAAAAUGUAUAAAUGGUUAACUGGAAUAUUUAAUAAGUCACAAGGAGAACAAAACAUGAAAAAGGUAAAAAUAAAAGAAAAAGAAAAAAUAAAAGAAAAACAAAAAAUAAAAGAAAAAGAAAAAGAAAAAGAAAAAAUAAAAGAAAACGAAAAAAUAAAAGAAAAAGAAAAAAUAAAAAAAAAAGUAUUUAUAAAAAACAAAGUAUAUGUAAAUCAUAAAAGUAAGAAUGAUGACGAUGAAAAUUUUUAUAUGAAUAAACAAAUGAAUAUGAACUUAGGACUUGACUUAUUCAAUGGAGGAAUAUCCUUUCUCUUAAUAAAAAAUAUAGAAUAUAUAAAUAAUUUCCCUACACAUAAAAAGAAUUGUAUAAUAUUUUUACUUUUAAAAUAUAUAUUUAUGUGGAAAAAUAUGAAUUUAAAUGCUCAUAUGUUUAUAAUAUCUUCUUCAUCAUCAAUAUCUGCGAACAGUAACAAUGAUAGCAAUAAUAAUAAUAUAAGUAAUAUAAAAAUAUAUAAUAAUUCAAGUGAUAAUAUAAGUUCUUUAUUUAAUAGAUAUAUGAAUAAUUAUUUUGUUUUUGUGUUUCCAAAUUUUCUUCAUACUACUAAUAGGUAUGAACUAUUAAUCCAUUUAUUUAAAAAAUAUAAAUUAUACUAUUGUGAAAAUGAAAUUAAAGAGCUAGCUAAAAUAACAAAUAAUUUUAAUAUAGAUAAUAUAAUAAAAUUAUUCGAAGAUGAAUAUAGAGAAAGAAUUAUAGAUCAUUUAAAAAAAAAAAAAACAGAUACAUCACAAGAAAUUAUCACAAAGAAUAGUUGUUAUAUAAAAGAUAUAUUUGAAAAAGCACGUAAAGGAAAAAAUCAAUUUUUUUCUAAAACUUUAAAUCUUCAACAGGAUUCUCAUAUAUAUAUACAUAUGCAUGAGAUUGAAAUGUAUAAAAAGAAAAAAUAUGAAAUGUUUUCAAAAAAUGGUAUAUUUGAAAAUUAUGGAUUUAACGAGGUUAUUGGAGAGGAAAAACUGAUAAGUAAUUUGAAGAACCAGAUCGUGAGUAAAUUUAAUAUGCAAGAAAGUAAAAAUAUAGGAUUAAAAAAAAUACAUAUGUGUGAUAUUGAAGGUGAUAAUAUAAAGGCGAAUGGAAUUGAUAAUAUACAUGACAAUAACAAAAUAUAUGCAGCUAGUUCAAUGGGGGAUAAUAUCUGUAAUUUUAAUCAACUCGAUACUGUUGGUAUAUUAUUACAUGGUAAGAGUGGGUCAGGUAAAAGUUUUAUUGCUAAAAAAAUUGUUGAAGAAUGUAAUUGUAAUUCUGUUAUUAUUAAUUGUUCAAAUAUAUUUAAUAAAAUUAUGGGAGAAUCAGAAAAAUUUCUAAACGAGAUUUUUGAAUACUGUAUAAAAAAAUUACAACCAUGUAUCAUUUUAUUUGAUAAUAUAGAAACUAUAUGUUAUAAAGAAGAUUAUACAUUUAUUGAAAAUUUUAAUACAAGAUUAAAAUUAUGUUUUUAUGAAAAUAUAGAUAAAAUUCAUUAUGAAAAGAAAUGGAAAAGAAAUCCUUGCUUACUUUUAAUUAUAGCAACUACAAAUGAUAUAAAUAAUAUUGAUGAUAAUUUAUUAAGAAAUUAUCGUUUCAAAUAUAUUUAUCAAACUACACAUUUCCAAUACUGGAAAGAACAAGAUAUUUAUAAAUUAUUUUAUAAAUGUUUAAAAAGUAAUAAUAUAGAAUCUACCGAUUUUUUAUAUUCACAUAAAUUUAAACAAUUUGUUGAUGAACAUAUUAUAAAAGUUCAAUAUAAAUUAUCUCCUUUAUAUAUAUACAACCUUUGUACUUAUGCUUUGACAUAUCGUUUAAGAAAUGCCCUCAAAGGGAAUGAAAAUGAAUUGGAUGUUGAGGAUUUCUAUGAGUCUAUAAAAAGAAUGAUGUAUUAA